GGACCGGACCCGGCUGAGGAGACCCUCGCCGGGCUGAACGGUCCCCGCCGGGCUGAGGGGUCCCGGGGGCGCUGAGGGGACCCCGCCGGGGGGCUCCGGGCCGGGCCGAUGGCGGAGCCGCUGCUGCGGAGGACCUUCUCCCGGCUGCGGGGCCGGGACCGCCCGCGCAGGAAGAAAUCGGACGCCAAAGAGCGAGAGCAUCCUCCACCAAGCCCCGACUCGCCGGUGGACCCUGAGGCAGCCCCAGCAUCAUCGGAACUGGCCCCGGCAGCGCCCCGCAAGCAGAACUGGGCCCGUUUCUCCUGCGGCGGCCGCGAUGAGCCCAGCGGGAGGCGGAUGCCGGCUCCCAAAGCUUCCCUGGAGGUGUUGGAGGCCAGCGAGCUGGAUCCAGCCACCAGCAGCCCCUGGCCUGGCAUGGAGCCACCCGGCGAGGAGCCCCUGGAGCCGGCGGAGGAGGCCGAAGCAGCGAACGGAUCUGUGGAGCUCGGUGGCCCUGGUAGGAGCCCAGGGCACGGCGCUUACCUGCAGAGCCUGGAGCGGAGCAGCCGGCACUGGGUGCUGUCCUCGGCGAAGGCACCGGGGCUGGACGAGGCUGGCGGCGGGGCCGAGGCUGAGGCUGGUGCGGCCGGCAGCGAGGGCGAGAUCUGGUACAACCCCAUCCCCGAGGACGAAGACCCUCCGAAGGCGAGUGGGGAGGACGUCCCCUGGGGGGGCAGAGGGACGGCAGAGAGCCCUGGACCCUGCAGCGCAGAGGAGCUGGCAGCUGGCAGGACGCAGGCCUGUGGAAAGAUGCCUAUCCCCUGCGUGAGCCUGGGGACGGGGCUCGCCCCUCCGUCCCCCCCCGCCAGCCCCAGUGCCACCAAGAAAGGCCGCUCCCUCAGCAAAGUGAAGUCCCCGGGGACCGUGCGCCGCCUCUCCAUGAAGAUGAAGAAGCUGCCAGAGCUGCGGAGGAAGCUGAGCCUGCGCAGCCCCCGGCCGCGGGGCCAGGAGGGUGGCACCUCGCCCUCCGACACCCGCAAGGAGUCCAGCAACGUCAUCAGCCGCUACCACCUCGACACCAGUGUGGCCUCACUGCCCCGUGCCAAAGCGGCCAACAAGGGCGGCUACUUGAGUGACGGCGACUCCCCGGAGCUGCUGGCCAAAACCGGGGCGCACGCUGAGCCAGAGGAUGGAGAGAGCGGGCUGGACGUGGCCGCUUUCCAGCCCUACAGCUGCGGGGAGCUGCCCCGAGGCGGGCAGCACAUCUCUGGGCUGGUCAGCGUCCACCUCUACGGCGUGCGGGACCUGAAGCUGCCGCGAGCUGAAGCCCGGGAGGUUUUCUGCGUGCUGCAGGUGGAUGCGGCCAACCGGGCUCGCACGGCUCUGCUGCCCUGCAAGGCAGCUUUCCUUGGCCUCAACCACACCUUCAACCUGGAGCUGGAGAGCGCCCAGCUCCUCAAGGUGAUUGUCUUCUCCUGGGACCCCUCCUCCUGCCGCAACCGCCUCUGCUGCCACGGCACUGUCGUCCUGCCCCACAUCUUCAGAGGCUGCCGGGCCCAGCAGCUGGCGGUGCGGCUGCAGCCUCGCGGCAUCCUCUUCUCCAAAUUCACCCUGGUGGAGCAGUGGGACGGCCCCGGCGAGCGCGAGCCCCGCGUCUUCGGCGUGGAGCUGGGCCAGCUGGUGGAGAGGGAGAAGACGGCCACCAAGGUGCCUCUGCUCAUCCAGAAGUGUGUGACCGAGAUAGAGAAACGGGGCCUGAAGGUGGUCGGGCUGUACCGGCUCUGCGGCUCAGCUGCCGUCAAGAAGGAGCUGCGUGACGCCUUCGAGAGGGAUAGUGCGGCCGUGACGCUGUCAGAGCAGCUCUACCCUGACAUCAACGUUAUCACAGGGAUCCUCAAAGACUACCUGCGGGAGCUGCCCACGCCGCUCAUCACCCCCACGCUCUACCACGUCGUGCUGGAGGCCAUGGCCAAGCGGCCUCCCCGGACCCCGCCAGGCGAGCAGGACGCCGUCACCCUGCUCGACUGUCUGCCUGACGUCGAGAAGGCCACGUUGACGCGGCUUCUGGACCACCUCAGCCUGGUGGCCUCCUUCCACGACUUCAACCGCAUGAACUCGCAGAACAUCGCCGUCUGCUUUGGGCCCGUCCUGCUCACCCAGAGCCAGGAGCCUCGGCGCAGCGGCACCGGCACCCGCAGCUAUGCCCACAGCGAGGACAUCGCCAGCGCCGUCGAUUUCAAGCGGCACAUCGAGGUGCUGCACUACCUGCUGCAGGCCUGGCCGGCCCCCCGCUCAUCCCCAGCCCCCCAAAUCUGGGAGGAGGCACCGCCCGGCCGCCUGCGGCAGCCACCACUGCGCUUGGACCUGCUGGACACGGCAGUGGUGGCCCGCCAUCGCCCCCGGGGACCGGAGAGCCCCCCCAGCAACCGCUACGCCGGCGACUGGAGCGUCUGCGGCCACCAAUUCGGUGGCUACGACGAGGUGGCGGACGGUGACAGUGAGAGCCGGGCCACGCACCGGCGGACCCUCUUCGUGGCUGAUUUCGGCCUUGGUGACGAGCCUGAGGCGCCCUUCGGCCCCCGGCUCAACCUCAAGGACUUUGAUGCGCUCAUCCUCGACCUGGAGCGGGAGCUCGCCAAGCAGAUCAACGUCUGCCUGUGA